AUGUCGUCCCGUAACAGACAAUCGACGGCUCGACCGACUGCCAGCCGCCAGUCCGGAGUGUCCACCCCAAGCCGCAAUGCUGCUGCAGACACACUGCCACCGUACAAGAAGCCGUCCCACCCUCUUGAUACCGAGGCGACCCGCGCCCUGCGCGAACUGCAGGGUCGCAGUUUGAACGAUAUCAAAAGACACAGCAGGCAGGCAGCCGCCGCCAUCACUGCCAGUGCUGAGAACGUCAACGAUACUCUGCGCGAUCAUGCCGAAUAUAUAGCACGUCGACGGAAGAAGUGGGAUGCAGGCAAAAACCUGGAGGAUAGAGACGCGGAAGAGCGCGACAUGGAGGAAUUGAAAUUGAAAGUAGAAGAAGCCACUGCGAAGCUGGAACAAAGCAUGCGUGCAGUCAUUGACUCCGGUGUUGCGGCGCAGAGAAUUGAUGAUACGCUUGAUUGGCUUAGAACUCAUGCACCUAUAACGUUGGAAGAAGAAUACCGCACCCAGAUGACGCAGCGGGAAACGCAGCGACAAUCACAGAGCCAAGCAAGCACUCAGCGGCGUACACGAAACGUUGAUGGAGACGGAGACACUGAGAUGGAUGAAGGCUCUACGCCCGGCCCGACCCCUAUUGAUGGAUCUCGAAUAGCUCUCACCGGUGCAAGCGAAUUAUUUGCCUCGCGUGUGCAACGCGAAAAAGAUACCUAUACAUCACUUUCCCUUACGGCGCGCUAUGCCCGCAAUAACGAAUACCGCGACUUCAAGCGGAUAGUGCAUGAUGCAAAGUACGGGGACAAUGGCCCUGUGUUGGGCCACGAAGACACUUGGUUCACCGAGACUGGAUCGCCAGCGCCAGGCAUCACGGACAGCACACAGCGCGGUGAUUUCGACGACGAUGACAUUGUCGUAGACCGAGCUACUAUCAGCACGCGAUGUCCGAUCACGUAUCAGCAGUUCAAAGAGCCGUACUCGAGCAGCAAGUGUCCGCAUACUUUUGAAAAGAAUGCCAUUCUCGAGAUGAUUCGGCGAGGUCCUCACAGAAUCGGGCAACAAAAAGCAGUUGAUUGUCCGGUGACUGGAUGUAACCAGAUGCUCACAGAAACGGAUGUGCACUCGAACAAAGUCCUCAUUCGCAAGAUCAGGCGCAUGCAGGAAGCUGAGCUUGCAGAAGCCGACGAAAGUUCCGAGGAUGAGAUGCAAGCGCCUAGUUUGGGCAAGCAAUCUCAGCCAGUGCCGUCAGGUAGUGCCGGGGACCGAGGUGAUGCUAGCGAUGCUAGCGACGGAGAACUGUCAGCGUGA